AUGCCUCAGAAUAUGAAGUCACUAUUUAAGCCAAAGACUAAUAAUUCAUCGUCGGUAACUGCAUCAACCAGUAUAGCUAAAGGUAGUGGGUUUACAUCUACAUCUACACCCACAUCUACACCAACCACUACUAUAACCACCACAGAUGAUUUUACUUCGCUAUAUCCUACUAUUUCGUCUACUUCAUCUACAUCUGUAAUAGUUCAUUCCAACAAGUCACAUGCAUCUUCAAACAAUAAGGCCAAUGCCAACUCAUCAACACUGCUAAGUCAACAUUGUUAUAUAAAAAAUGGACAACUUCAGAGGAGUAGUAGUGGUAGCAGUAGUAGUGGUAAAACCGGGAAACAAAGUAGGCCCAAAUUUCCCACUCGCACAUCAUCAUUCUUGACAAGAUUGAAAUCGACGGCCAAGAGAAUCAGAUCAAAUGAUAGUGCAACAACAUCUACAUCUUCAUCGUGGUGUAAGACUAACAAGACAUUAUCAGCAUCUAAACCUACUGAACAAAGUCUAUAUGAAUCACAACAAAAACAACCGGUCGGAACUACCUCGACUGAACCAACAGCUGCAAUUGAAGCUACAUUUGAUAUUGAUGAAGCAUCAUCAACUGUGUCAUCGGCUCCAUCAUCAAUACUAUCCAAUAUAGCCCAAACAUCAUACGAUGCAUUCACCACAUCAAAUAAAACACAAGAUCAAGCACACAACUAUAGCAUUGAUAUAGGUGUUUAUGCAGAUUACGAUGAUAAUGAUGAAAUGGAGAGUAUAAUUUCAUUUGAUUCGAUGUUGGGGUCAAAUGAAAUUGAAUUGGAGGAUGAAGAUAUUACUUAUAUUACUCCAUUGAAUUAUAACUACAUGUAUGACAACAAUAACAAUGAAGAGGGUGACCAAUUUGACUAUAAGUUUGAUUACACUAAUGGUGAACAAGAUAACGAAGAAGAUUCAUUUGUUAAUGAUCGUGAAUUGGAACGAAGAGAACUUCGACUUGAAUUGUUGAAGAAUUUCUCAUAA